AUGCAAGCAAUUUAUGACCGAGUUCCUAAACACGAAUGUAUUGAUGAGAGAAAGACUCCAACAUCUUCGGGUCACUCAUAUGUUGAUAGAAAUAAUAACAUGACACAUGAACAUAUUACUCAAACUACUGAACGCGUUUAUGAAAAAACAGAAAUAGAUAUCAUGCAAAUUAAUGAUACUAAUGAUAUUCCCGAAAACUCACGUUCUAAUGCUACAAAAUCACUUUCAAAUUUGGAAUGGAAUAAUAAUAAUGAAGAAAAUGAUAAAACUUCACAAGAUGCAGAUAUUUUAUGUCCAAUUUGUUUAGACAUUAUAAAAGAGGCAUUUAUUGGACGUUGUGAUUGUCCAACAUGUGGAACUCAUUUAAUGAGAGAUCAAAUUUAUCCUAAUUUCAUAUUGAAUAGGAUACUGGAGAAAUCACCUUCUAUUAUCUCUUAUCAGAAUGAUUCUAUUCCAUCUUCACCGGCAAAGCAAUUGAAAACAAAAUUACUUAAAGAUGACUUGAGUAUUGAAGAAAUUAAAUGUUUGGAAGAAGACUAUGCCGCGAUCCAACAAGAAAUUGAUAAUCGAAUACAGCGACAAAAAAAUAUAAAAAAUCAAGAGAAGUUAAGAAUUAGACAAUUAUCCUUUGACCUUGAACCUAUGGAAAUUAAUUCAAUAUCUGAAGAAGUACAACAAAAGGAUCAACAGCAACAACAAAAGGGAGAUCAGGAUCAAAUAAGGAAGAGAAAACACACAGAAGUAGAUGAUCUUACUGAAGAUAUUGUAACUUUAUUAGACAGGAUAGAAGUUCCUCAUGAACCAAAUCUACAAAACAAGAAGCAACGAGGUCUAUCUCGCUUUUCAACGACACUUAAAACAUUUACCCGAUAUUCCAAUUUUCGUUUGGUAAAUACAUUACGUUACGGAGAUAUAUUUAAUACCUCAUCAAUUGUUUCAACUAUUGAAUUUGAUAGAGAUAAUGAAUAUUUUGCUACGGCGGGUGUGACAAAAAAAAUCAAAAUAUUUGAGUAUGGAAAUAUUGAACGUAAUAAAUAUGGAGAUGCAUUUGGUAGACAUUUAUCUUCAAAUGAAAUGGCAUGUAGAAGUAAAAUUAGUUGUUUAUCGUGGAAUAAUUAUAUUAAAUCUCAAAUUGUAAGUGCGGAUUAUGAAGGUAUUGUUUCAUUAUGGGAUGCAAAUACUGGAAGCCAAGUUCUUGAAUUUAAUGAACAUGAAAAACGAGCUUGGAGCGUAGAUUUUGGAAGGAUGGAUCCAACUAAAUUAGCAAGUGGAAGUGAUGAUGCGAAAGUAUUUACUCUUGAAAGUAAUGCAAAUGUCUGUUGUGUAAAAUUCAAUCCUGAAAUCUGUCAUCAUUUAGCAUUUGGAAGUCACCCUAAAGCCGUUUCUUAUGUAAAAUUUCUUCGACGAAAUGAAUUGAUUUCUGCUUCAACUGAUAGUACACUUAAGCUUUGGGAUAUCGAUACUCAAACUUGUGCAAGAACAUAUACUGGUCAUAUAAAUGAAAAGAAUUUUGUUGGUCUAAGUACAUCAUCUGAUUGGAUUGCAUGUGGAAGUGAGGAUAAUUCGGUUUUUGCAUAUUAUAAAGCUUUAAGUAAACCUGUUGCUAAAUUCAGAUUUGGAAACAUAAAUCCCGUGACGGGUGAAGAAAUUAUGGAUGCUGAUCCAUCACUUUUUGUCAGUUCGGUUUGUUGGAAGAAUGAUUCAAACACUUUGUUAGCUGCAAAUAGUCAAGGAACGAUAAAAGUAUUGGAAUUAGAAUGA